UACUCUCAGCAGCUUCAACUCUCGACGACCAAUAAUUCACUCUCUGCAAAUAUCCGAUAUAUAGAGACAGAAUUUGUGCAUAUAUAUAUAUAUAUACACACACCGACACAUUCGCACCAUUUAUAGAAACUGUGGAGCGAUUGGAAGCUUUGUUGAGUCCUUUCAGUUUUUGGAUUUCGAUCGAGGCGAGGUAAUGUGGAGGGUGGCGCGAUCUGCGGUGUCGGGCCUCCGCCAGACCCUCCGGCGGGCGAUGUCGACGGCGAUUCCCGGACCUUGCAUCGUGCACAAGCGCGGCACGGAUAUUCUCCACGAUCCUUGGUUUAACAAGGAUACAGGCUUCCCUUUGACAGAGAGAGAUCGUCUGGGAUUACGCGGUCUGCUUCCACCACGAGUGAUAUCAUUUGAGCAGCAAUAUGAACGUUUCAUGGAAUCAUAUAGGUCCCUGGAAAAAAAUACUCAAGGGCAGCCGAAUAAAUUUGUGUCCCUUGCGAAAUGGAGAAUUUUGAAUAGACUCCAUGACCGGAACGAGACAUUAUACUAUCGAGUCCUGAUUGAUAACAUCAAGAACUUUGCCCCCAUAAUAUACACACCAACAGUUGGAUUGGUGUGCCAAAAUUACUCAGGUUUGUUUAGACGUCCGCGUGGCAUGUAUUUCAGUGCCAAAGAUAAAGGGGAGAUGAUGUCUAUGAUCUACAACUGGCCUGCUCAGCAGGUUGAUAUGAUUGUUCUCACAGAUGGGAGUCGCAUUCUUGGUCUAGGUGACCUUGGAGUUCAAGGAAUAGGUAUUCCUAUUGGGAAACUUGACAUGUAUGUUGCUGCUGCUGGCAUCAACCCACAAAAGGUAUGUCAAUUCUCAUCUCUGUUCUCUGUCUUCGUUGAUGACAAGCAGGUACUGCCAAUUAUGCUUGAUGUCGGUACCAACAACCAGAAGUUACUUGAAGACCAUUUAGGAGUCAGACAACCAAGGCUGGAAGGAGAAGAAUACUUGUCUGUCGUUGAUGAACUCAUGGAAGCUAUUCAUGCACGUUGGCCAAAGGCUAUUGUGCAGUUUGAAGAUUUUCAAAUGAAGUGGGCCUUUGAGACUCUCGAUCGGUACCGUAAAAAGUUUUGCAUGUUCAAUGAUGACAUACAGGGAACAGCUGGUGUUGCAUUGGCUGGACUACUUGGUACUGUUAGGGCACAGGGGAAGCCACUGACUAAUUUUGCAGACCAAAAGAUAGUCGUGGUUGGGGCUGGAAGUGCAGGACUUGGCGUUCUUAAGAUGGCAUUACAGGCUGUUUCAAGAAUGAGUGGGCCAAAUGCAGAUCCUCACUUCUUCCUUCUUGACAAAGAUGGUCUGAUCACGAAAGAGAGAAAAUGUAUUGAUCCUGCAGCUUCUCCAUUUGCUAAAUCGCAAAGUGAGAUUGGAGAACUUGGACUUAGAGAGGGAUCCAGUCUCAUAGAAGUGGUUAAGAAAGUCAAGCCGCAUGUGCUUCUUGGUUUAUCUGGAGUUGGCGGUGUGUUUAAUGAGGAGGUCCUGAAGGCUAUGCGAGAUUCAGACUCCAUUAAACCUGCUAUUUUUGCUAUGUCGAAUCCUACAACAAAUGCCGAAUGCACUGCUGCAGAGGCUUUCAAGCAUGCCGGUGAAAAUAUUGUUUUUGCAAGUGGCAGCCCUUUUGACAAUGUUGAUCUUGGGAAUGGCAAAGUAGGUUAUGUCAACCAAGCCAAUAACAUGUACCUCUUUCCAGGAAUUGGCUUGGGAAGUCUUCUCGCUGGUGCUCGUAUUAUUACGGAUGAAAUGCUGCAAGCAGCUGCCGAGUGCCUUGCUUCAUAUAUGACGGAUGAAGAAAUUCAGAGAGGUGUGCUCUAUCCAUCUAUAGACAGUAUACGAGAUAUCACAGCAGAGGUUGGAGCCUGUGUUUUGAGGGCAGCAGUUGCAGAAGAAGUGGCUGAAGGACACGGAGAAGUGGGCCCCAGAGAACUAUCACACAUGUCAAAGGAUGAAACCAUCAGAUAUGUGAAAGAGAACAUGUGGUAUCCUGUUUACAGUCCUCUCCCUGUAGGCCAGCCCAGUUCACUUGAUAAGCCUACUAUACUCCGAAGGCAGCUGCCCAGGCCCAACAGGUACGCUGUUGUCACUGGAGCAAACAAAGGGAUUGGCCUUGAGAUUUGCAGGCAGUUGUUGUGUGAAGGUGUAACAGUGGUGUUGACAGCUAGAGACGAGAAGAGAGGACUCGAAGCUGUUGAAAAGCUCAAAGGCUCUGAUGGGGUUUCAGAUUCUGCGGCUGAUAUACUGUUUCAUCAGCUUGAUGUGACUAAUUUAGCAAGUACUGCUUCUCUUGCUGAGUUUAUCAGGUCUCGAUUUGGAAAGCUUGAUAUCUUGGUAAACAAUGCAGGGAUCGGUGGUGUAACUGCCGGUGCCGAUGCUGUGAAAGCCAUCACUGGGGCUGGCAGUGGGUCUUAUUCCCCCAGGAUUGUUAAUGUAUCCUCAAACAUGGGGAAGCUUAAGAACGAGUGGGCCAAAGGGAUACUAAACGACGCUGAAAACCUUACAGAAGAGAAAAUCGAUGAGGUGUUGAGCGUGUACCUUAAAGACUUCAAAGAGAGUUACCUAGACGCCAAAGGCUGGCCUCAUUUUUUGAGUGCUUAUACAGUUUCUAAAGUGGCUGUGAAUGCUUACACGAGGGUUCUAGCCAAGAAAAACCCGGGUUUCAAGAUUAACUGUGUGUGCCCGGGAUUUGUAAAAACCGAUAUAAACUAUAAUACCGGUUUAUUGACGGUUGAAGAAGGUGCCGAAAGCCCAGUGAGACUGGCGUUGUUGCCUAACGACGGGCCUUCGGGCCUAUACUUUGUGAGGAAGGAGCCCUCCUCUCACCGGCGUCUUCGAACAUCUCCGAUAGCUUUCACGCGAGUCCGCAAGCAGCCCGACGAAGUGCGAAAAGCAACCGCCAUCUCUACCGCCGAUUCGAAACAUGCCGUUGCCUCGUCCCUAGGUACACUUGCUGUUGUAACUGGAGCAAACAAAGGCAUAGGAUUUGAGAUAUGCAGACAGUUAUUGUCUGAAGGUGUGAAAGUGAUUUUAACAGCUAGAGAUGAGAAAAGAGGACUUGCAGCUGUUGAAAAGCUCAAAAGCAGUGGCUUUAAUACUAACAGUAUUAUAUUCCAUCAGCUGCAAGUGACAGAUUUAGCAAGUAUUGUAUCACUUGCUGAAUUUGUUAAGUCCCAAUUUGGAAAGCUUGAUAUCUUGGUAAACAAUGCAGGGAUUCUUGGACUCACAAUGGAUGAGGCUGGCCAGAAAGCUUGGGCUGCCCAUGGGUUUGGACCAAAUGUCAACUGGGAUGACUUGAACAUGGUACAAACCUAUGAACAAUCAGUAGAAUGUAUUCAGACAAACUAUUAUGGCGCCAAAAGUGUUACAGAAGCACUUAUUCCUCUGCUUCAGCUGUCUGACUCGCCGAGGAUCGUCAAUUAUAUACCGAAUGAAUGGGCUAAAACGGUACUCAACGACGUCGAAAAUCUCACGGAAGAGAAAAUCGACGAAGUCAUAAUUCGGUUCCUCAAAGAUUUUGAAGAAGGGCGCUUAGAGGCCGAAAAGUGGCCUUUGUACUUCAGUGCAUAUAUGGUCUCUAAAGCGGCGUUUAAUGCCUACACAAGGAUUUUGGCCCGAAAAUACACGGGCUUUCGGAGGUAUUUGAGUUUCUUAAAGAUUUUGUUCACUCUUCCUAUGUUGCUGUCGAUGUGUGGAUAUGCUGUUGUAACCGGAGCAAACAAAGGGAUUGGACUUGAGAUAUGUAAGCAGUUGAUAUCGCAAGGUAUCACGGUGAUUUUAACAGCUAGAGACGAGAAGAGAGGAAAAGAAGCUGUUGAAAGCCUCGAAAGUUGCGGUUUUCCCGGUUGUCUUACCUUUCAUCAGCUUCAAGUGACUGAUUUAGCAAGCAUUUCAUCUCUUGCUGCAUUCGUUAAGUCCCAAUUCGGAAAGCUAGAUAUCUUGGUAAACAAUGCAGCAAUUCUUGGAGCUGUAAUCGAUGAUGAAGGCCAGAAAGCUUGGGCUGCUUCUAUCAGUGGGACAGGUCCGAAAAUCGAUUGGGCUGACUUAAUGAUAAAGCAGCCGUUUGACUUAGUUGUCGAAUGUAUUCAAACAAACUAUUAUGGCGCCAAGAGAACUACAGAAGCACUUCUUCCUCUUCUCCAUUUGUCCGAUUCGCCAAGGAUUGUUAAUGUCUCAUCUUCUGCAGGAAAGCUUAAGGCAAGCGUAUCCUUAAUUAACUAUCAUUCUUCGACUCUUUUGAUUCUAUACUCUACAACACUUUUAAUAAACUUCCAAUUUUUCGAUUUUUCGACCAUUUUUCCGAUUCAGAAUAUACCCAGCGAAUGGGCUAAAGAAAUACUCAAAGAUGCUGAAAAUCUUACAGAGGAGAAAAUCGAUGAUGUGGUAAAAAUGUUCCUUGAAGACUUCAAACAAGGUUUGUUAGAGGCUAAAGGCUGGCCUCUCUACUUCAGUGCAUAUAGAGUCUCGAAAGCAGCCAUGAAUGCUUACACAAGGGUCCUGGCUCGAAAAAACCCGAGCUUUCGGAUUAACUGCGUUUCUCCUGGAGUGGUGAAAACCGACAUGAAUUACAGUAUUGGUUUGUUGACUGUGGAGGAAGGAGGUGAAAGCCCGGUGAGGCUAGCAUUGCUGCCUGAUGACGGGCCCACGGGCCUGUUCUUUGAGAGGAAUGAGAAUUUCUGUACCACACGAUAG